AUGGUUCUGAGAAAUCUGGCCAGUAAUUUUCUCUCUCUUUCCCAAGUGAAAUUUUUUCUACGUACUUUAGUCACAUUUAGCAGACCUCCUCAUAUUGCUAUCGUUGGCUCUGGACCAGCUGGUUUAUAUACAUGUAGUGGAGUGCUGCGGAGGUUACGUGACUGUUUUGUGGACAUAUAUGAAAGCAACAUAGUACCGUUCGGUCUGUUACGGUAUGGAGUAGCACCAGACCAUCCAGAAAUGAAGAAUUGCCUCAAGCAUUUUGACAAAAUGUUUAGCGACCAUGAGACAAAACUGAAAUUAUACUGUAAUGUUUCGAUUGGUCAGGAUAUCAAAUUCGAUGAACUUUGUUCAGAUUAUGAUGCUGUUGUGCUUGCUUAUGGUGCACGACGUCAAAGGCGAUUGAAUAUUCCUGGAAUCAAUGCGAGAAAUAUUUUUUCUGGUGGCGACUUUGUAUUUUGGUACAACGGAAUGUAUGGUAUUACACCGCCAAUUUUGGAAUGCAAAGAAGCGGUCAUCAUUGGAAAUGGCAAUGUAGCUCUCGAUUGCUCACGUAUGCUUCUUUCUGCUGGAACAGAUCGACUAAUAAAAACUGAUAUCCCGACACCAGUGCUUGAUAUCCUUUCGCAUUCUCAAAUACGUCGUAUAACUAUUAUUGGCCGAAGGAGUCCGCUUGAUGUAUCUUUUACAAUAAAAGAACUAAAAGAACAAAUAACGCUACCAAAUUGUUCAUUUUCUGUGGAAAUCGACGAUCAUGACAAAUCUGCCAUAGAAAAUGCUAAACAAUCGUUACCUAGACCAAGAAAACGUAUUAUGGAACUUCUCUUAAAUAGUUGUAGUAGAAAUAUACCUCAACAUGACCCAUAUUGCCAAAUGUUAUUUCGAAGAACGCCAAAACAAGUUUUGAUGGACAGUCAUGGGUUUGUCACCGCAUUGCAGGUGACUCAUUCGUUAAGUGAACAAGUAGAAAAUCUACCUUGUGGUUUAUUAAUUUACUGUAUCGGAUUUGAAAAUAUGGCUUUAAAUGGAAUACCAACGGAUGAAAAUGGCCAAAUUAAAAUGCUUGACGCUUUUCGAGUAGCAGCCAAUAGUAAAUCUUUAGUUUAUGCUACGGGUUGGUGCGCACAUGCUCCUCGAGGAAUAAUUGCACAUACCCAGAUUGAUGCUAGAAAUGUUGCCGAACACCUCGUUUCUGACCUUCAGAAGCAUGGUCUGAAAUCUGAGGCUGUUAUAGGUUCAGAGGAGCGAUUACUAAAAAAUAGAAUUAAGUACCUAACCUGGAAGGACUGGAAGAAAAUUGACGAAGAAGAGAGGAGACUGGGUGCUAUUAAAGGCAAACAACGUGAAAAGUUGCAUAAUUUUAGAAUUUUCUGUGAAAGCCCGUAA